UUUUGACUGGUAGUGUAUAUUUAUUCCUUCCCAGGCGGAAUGAAGUCCAGUCUGCGUAAUGUUACAUCUGACUCCACGUCUGACCCCAACCUCAUCCGCUUCCGGACCUUAAGUCAUGCGACACAGCUCAACCCACUGGACAACAGGCCGGACCCCCUGGUGGCCCUCUCGUCUGCGGAGAUUGACAUCAUCGCCCCCUGUAAACUGAUGGACCGCACACACGGGGUCACUAAGAAAGUCACUCAGGUCCUCUCACUAGGCCCAGAUGUCCUACCAGAGUACAAGCUCCAGACCCCCCGCAUCCAUAAAUGGACCAUCCUGCACUAUAGCCCCUUCAAGGCGGUGUGGGACUGGGUCAUCCUGCUCCUGGUCAUCUACACAGCCAUCUUCACCCCCUACUCAGCGGCCUUUCUCCUCAGUGACCAGGAGGAGGCGGCCAUGCAGACCUGUGGUUACUGCUCUCCACUGAACGUGGUGGACCUCAUAGUGGACAUCAUGUUCAUCGUUGACAUCGUCAUCAACUUCAGGACGACAUACGUCAACACCAACGAUGAGGUGGUCAGCCAGUCGCAGCGGAUUGCCGUGCACUACUUCAAAGGGUGGUUCCUCAUAGACAUGGUGGCGGCUAUCCCCUUUGACCUGCUCAUAUACCGCUCUGGAGAAGAGACAACAACCCUGAUUGGCCUGUUGAAGACUGCUCGGCUGCUGCGAUUGGUGCGCGUAGCUCGGAAGCUGGAUAGAUACUCUGAGUACGGAGCGGCUGUCCUCUUCCUCCUCAUGUGCACCUUUGCCCUCAUCGCUCAUUGGCUGGCCUGUAUCUGGUACGCAAUUGGUAACGUGGAGCGUGCAGGAGCAGCCCGGAUUGGCUGGUUGGACUCUCUGGGGGACCAUCUCGGAAAGCCCUACAAUCAGACUAUACCAGGGUCAGGUCCCUCCAUCAGGGACAAAUAUGUCACAGCACUCUACUUUACCUUCAGUAGUCUGACCAGCGUGGGCUUUGGGAACGUCUCCCCUAACACCAACUCUGAGAAGAUCUUCUCUAUUUGUGUAAUGCUCAUCGGCUCUCUCAUGUAUGCCAGCAUUUUUGGUAACGUGUCCGCCAUCAUCCAGCGGCUGUACUCCGGCACGGCUCGCUACCACACCCAGAUGCUGCGGGUUCGAGAGUUCAUCCGCUUCCACCAGAUCCCCAACCCACUGAGGCAGCGGCUGGAGGAGUACUUCCAACAUGCCUGGUCUUACACUAACGGCAUUGAUAUGAAUGCUGUGCUGAAGGGCUUCCCAGAGUGCUUACAGGCUGAUAUCUGCCUGCACCUCAACCGCACCCUGCUGCAGAACUGUAAGGCCUUCAAGGGCUCAACUAAGGGCUGCCUGCGAGCCCUGGCCAUGAGGUUUAAGACCACCCAUGCCCCGCCGGGCGACACCCUGGUCCAUGCCGGUGACGUCAUCUCAGCCCUCUACUUCAUCUCCCGUGGCUCCAUAGAGAUCCUGAGAGGGGAUGUGGUGGUGGCCAUCCUGGGUAAGAAUGACAUCUUUGGAGAGCCCAUUAACUUGUAUGCCCGUCCAGGGAAGUCCAAUGCAGAUGUGAGGGCUCUGACCUACUGUGACCUCAAUAAGAUCCACAGGGAGGACAUGCUGGAGGUGCUGGACAUGUAUCCUGAGUUCUCUGACUAUUUCUGGGGGAACCUGGAGAUCACGUUCAACCUUCGGGAUGCUGCCACGGUAGCUGGCUCAAUAAGCAGUGAGGACUCUGAUCAUUGUGGAGUCAGCUGUCGUAUUCGCAGACAAAAACUGUCCCUCAGUCGCAGCUUGGACAGAGAUGCAGGGAAGACCAAUCCAUCCCAGAGACAUGUCCGCAGGGCCAGAGGCCAGAGCUCCAGAGCCCAGGGAGAUGGGCAGAACACAGAGUCUGAGGGCCUGAUGAGCUCAGCCUAUUCUCCUUCCUACUCCAGUGAAGAUGAGGAGUCAGUGUUAACCAGCCCUGUACAACCAACUUCACUAGUGGGGAUCCCCCAUAGUCAGACCACCAUCCUCAAUAUCAGCAGUGCUGUGGAGGAUGAGAUGAACCAGAAGACUGGCAAUACCUGCAAUCCUCUCUCAGGGGCUUUCUCAGGCGUCUCCAACAUCUUCCGUUUCUGGGGGGAGAGCCACGAGCAGCAGCAGUAUCAGGAGGUGCCCUGCCACUGCCUCCCCUCCCCUCCUCCUCCCCCUCUCCACGCCGUCCUGAGCAACAUUAGCCAACGGCAGUGCAGCGAGCUGGAGAACAGGCUGGACCUGCUGCAGAGACAGCUCAACAGGAUGGAGUCACGGAUGUCCACAGACAUCAGGGCCAUCAUGCAGCUGCUCCAGAGACAGAUGGUGCUGGUGCCCCCGGCCUACAGCACAGUGUCCUCCGUCCCUGAACCGUCCCCAUCCCUCACCCCGAGACCUGCAGACUCAGAGACCCUGGCCUCCCUCUCACAGUUCUUGGUCAACACAGAUUUUGACUACAGCCUUUCCAAGUCCUGUGAGUCUCUCCACAGUGCAGUGGAGCUAUGUCUUCUGGAGCCUACCCCAGUCCUGGAGCCAACCCCAGCCCUAGACACUCUCCCCGAGACUCAGCCUCUUGGCAACAGCAUCCACCCAGAUCAUCACGCCCUGGGCUUGUCCAUCCAUACAGAUCCUGAGCCCUUAAGCCUGGUCAACCAUGGGAACUUCUCAGAGUCCGGGCCAGGGACAGGAUUGGCCCAGUCAGACCCCUCGGAGGGCCGGCGGAGGCUCUCGCUGCCAGGGAAACGCACAGCUCUGGACCUGGAGAGCCCCUGGGCUACUGCACACAGAUACAGCUCUGACCCUGGGAGUUAGGGAACAUACAGUGUAUGUGUGACACUAACAGUCUCACUGCUUAUGGAAAUGGAGUCAUAAGAGGUACUCAAACAAAAACCUAUCCAAACUGCUUCCCUCUCUGCCCCUGAAAUACAGUAUCUUGGGGAUGGAUAAAAUGAUUUUAUGGUAAUAAAAGUCCUCAAAGCAUCGCUUUUCACAGAUGUAUACUACCAUUUGCAGUGUUGUGUAUAUGGAAACAUCUUUGUCUUUGUUAGUCAAUAUCUGGCUCUACUGUAUAUGUCCUUGUUGUCACCAUGUAUGGGUUAACUGGAGUGUAAGCUGACUAACAGAACUUUCUGUUCUGUCUUGUGGAGUUGUGAUGGGAGAGCUGCUGCUAAUUUUCUUUAGUCUACUGAUGUUGCUCUACCGACUGUCCGGCUCAAUGGGUAACGGCAAUGAAUUCUGGGAUCCAUAUCAAAUUCUUAAAUUACUGAACUGAAUUAGCAAGCAAUAUGCAAACUGUAAAACAUUUAUGUUCUGUUAUCAUGGUGUAAAUUGUGUGGGAUCCUCACUCCUUGAGUUAGUCUAGAUGUUGAACGAGAUGGCGUGCGCGCUGAAUGACAUAAUAUCCAAUCCGAGGCCAGCAGAGGAUCACAGAAUUAUGAUCUAAUCUACUGAAUUAAGUAUCUGUCAGACCACAGCAAUAUUCCAAGAUGCAGGCGUGCCACCUGGGCCUCAAUUCCCCUCCCUUCUCUCUCUGACUGCAGAAGAACACCUACUCAGUUACCACAGUGACUACACUCAGUUACUGUAACAGCAACGCCAAGUGUAAUGCCACUGUUAGAAUGACAAUAUUUACACAUUUUAGAGCAGGACCUGUAUGUGGUACAACAUUUUAGUCUAGGUUGUAGCUCUUGUUUGAUAAAAUAUUUAGAUUUGAAUGAUUUCUUGGAAAUGUAUUUGUAUAUAUUUAAAGAACAUAUCAUUAUGGAUUAUUGCUUAAUUGUCAUUCUGAAUAGUACCAUUAGCCUACCUAGACUGUUAUAGUGUGUUACUGUCCGGUUCUGGGAAAUGGAUUACUGCAGAAAAAGUAGCUUGUUGUGUAGGGAUAUAAUGUAAAAAUCUGAUCUGUUGCAGGUUUGGGCCAGGGUACAGUAUUUAUUGAUUCAGUUGAAUAGAGUUACUGUGUAGUUUGAUGUAUCUUUGAUAAUUAACA